AUGAAAUGUCGGAAGACUACCGACAUCAACUACGGUUGCAAAAUGGCGCUAGUUUGUAUUGAAAACACCUUGGCUGAAAUGAGUGGAGAGAAACUUGAAACGUAUGGUUUUCCUCCUCUUGACAGGAGUGUAGGAAAUCAGCUUCCAUCUGAAAUUCAGCGGGAGCUUUGCUACGAUCUUAACGAGCUGGCAGCAUACGUGGCUCUUCACAAACCAAGGCUAUUGGUCGAUCAAAUGCACGCAUUCAACACUAUCAUUGAAAGUGUCUAUAACCGCCGUAAUGGCGACUACGUUUUUUUGGAUGCGCCUAGUGGAACUGGCAAAACUUUCGUCAUUAAGUUGCUUUUGGCUGAACUGCGCAAAGAAAGCAAAAUUGUUUUGGCUUUUGCAUCGGCUGGCAUAGCAGCGAAGUUAAUUCCUGGUGUCCGAACUGUUCACAAUAUUAGUGGAGAACUCGCCGGACUCAUGGUCAGCAUUGAGGUGCACUAUCAUAUUGGUUGUGAGUUCCAAGGUACUGUGAGCAGUUCCACCGCCAGGAAGCAAUGUCGCUGCAAUACCAGCCGAUGCAACCACCAAAACAAUUUUGCCGUCUUUGCGCAGUUGGGCAAGGAGCAACUUGAGGACGAAAGUUUUGGCAGUUCCACCAGGAGCAUCCAAAAAGAAUACGUGAUCACCAUUUCUGCGACCAUGUUGAUCUUUAAAAGAAGUUGGACCCCGAACCUCGUGAAGAAGCAUUCGUAA